UAGUCUAGUUUUGUAUAUUUCAUUUUCAUUAGAAAGAAACAUGUCUCAUUGUUCUUUGUAUUCAUAAUUCAAUAAUGUUUGAACCGUGAAUUUAGUAGAUAAUUUGAGAGUUUUAUCGUGUUUUUUUCGGCUGUCGCGGCGCACACACUGGAAUGCUGAGCUGCAGACAUGCUUUGGAGAACUUUUUCUCUCUUAGUUUUCCUCCUGAGGAUCUCUCAGACUUCAGGUGCUUCUUAUGUAGUCUCUGUUGAUGCAGGAACAGCGAGAGGAGAUCUAAAACACUUCUGGAGAAGCACUGGUUUCUGCCCUCCCCUCCCUCACACCCAGGCCCACCUGUAUGACCUGAGCACCGACCAGCAGCUGAAUCUGGCCUAUGUGGGCUCGGUGCCCCAUGGGGGCAUCCAGCAGGUCAGGAUUCACUGGAUGCUGGAGUUAGUCUCUGCACAAGAUGUUGGAGGACAACCUCAGUAUAACUUCACUAAACUCGACCAGCUGAUUGAACUGUUAUGGAUUAAUGGACUUCGACCAGGUUUCGAACUGAUGGGCAGUGUCUCCAACUACUUCACUGAUCUUGAGGAUAAAUUACAAGUGAUCAAGUGGAAACAAUUAAUUUAUCUCAUCGCCAAGAGGUACAUUGAUAAAUAUGGUCUUGGAGCUGUUGCUCAGUGGAACUUUGAAACCUGGAAUGAGCCCAACAACCACGACUUUGACAACGUCACCAUGUCAAUUCAAGGAUUUUUGAACUACUACGAUGCCUGUUCAGAGGGCCUGCGAGCUGCCAGCGGUCUCCUGACGUUUGGAGGUCCGGGAGACUCCUGUCAUUCCCCCCCACACUCCCCGUACUGCUGGGCUCUGCUGCAGCACUGUCACAACGGCACCAACUUCUUCACCGGGGAGACUGGAGUCAGGAUCGACUACAUCGCUCUGCACAAGAAGGGAGGAGGAUACUCUUUGCCCAUCCUCCAGCAGGAGAUUCAGACUGUUGGGGAGAUCCAGGAGCGUUUCCCCCGCUUCCGCAGCCUCCCUGUUUUCAACGAUGAGGCUGACCCUCUGGUGGGGUGGUCCAAGCCUCAGGAGUGGAGGGCGGAUGUGACGUACGCCGCCAUGGUGGUGAAGGUCAUAAACCAGCACCAAGACCUGCUGCUGGCGAACCCAAACAGCACCAUCAACUACACCCUUCUGAGCAACGACAACGCCUUCCUCAGCUACCACCCGCACGCUUUCACCCAGCGCACGCUCACCGCCCGCUUUCAGGUCAACAAUACGCAGCCGCCGCACGUGCAGCUCAUCAGGAAGCCCGUCCUCACCGUCAUGGGCCUGCUGGCCCUGCUGGGAGAGACUCAGGUCGUGGCUCAGGUCCUGAACCCAGCAGGAAGCAACAGCGGCGGCGGCGGCGGCGGCACGGUGGGGGUCCUGGCCAGCGUCCACACACCUGUAAGACCCGGCGGUUCAGACAGCUGGCAGGCAGCGGUGUUAAUCUACAACAGUGACGACAACAGCACAUCCACAAACACCGACGACGUCACCGUCUCACUGAAAGGACUGGCUGCUCACAAAGAUCUGGUGUAUGUGACGUAUUACAUGGACAAUAAUGUGAGCAGCCCGUACCAGCUGUGGCAGAGCAUGAGGAGCCCCGACUUCCCCACAGCAGAGCAGUUCAGACGCCUCCGGAGUCUGCAGGACCCUCGUACCGAUGGACCCUGGGACGUUCCUGCAGGAGAAGCUCUUACUCUGAAGGCCACACUUCCUGUGCCCUCUGUCCUCCUCGUGCAUGUUUGUGCUCGACCCAAAGCCGAGCCGGAUCAGGUGAGCUCGCUGCGCUUCAUCAGGAUCACGAAAGGCCAAGUCCUCGUUAUCUGGUCGGACCACUGUGUCCAUUCAAAAUGCAUUAAGACGUUUGAAGUGGAGUUUUCCACAGACCAGAAGGAUUUUAGACGAAUUAACACGCAGGACACCAUUUUUACCUCUUUCGUCUAUUCACCAGUGAACGAGGAGGUCAGCGGAGAGUACAGGGUUCGAGCGCUGGACUAUUGGGGACGGCCCGGCUCCUACUCGCUCCCUCAGAGGUACUCAGAACAGGAGUAGAGCCGGCUCCAGGCCUUUCUGUAGAUACUGAAGACUUAAUGCACAUGGAUCAACGUGCAGAUCUUUAUUUUUAUGUAGAAUUUGUGAAAAAAAGUGUUUUCCUGUUACAAUAAGAAGAACACAAAAAAAACCAAAAAAAAAACACGGCAUUGGUUGUAUUUUAGGACUUUUUAAUUCCACUCUGGAUUUAUAAAUUUGUCGAUUAAAUGAAUAAAUCUAUAUUUUUAAUUCACCUCUUGGAGUGUUAACUACUCUAUGAAUGUGUAAAUAAAAUUGUUGCUGUUUCUAUAAAUUGUGUUCAGUGAUUAAAACGUUUCAAAAUAGACCAAAGCUUUGUAGCUCUACCCCUUUUUGACUUUGCCUAUAUAAUCAGAAAUUAUUUGCACAAGUUCUUACAUCCCAAAAAACACCCCAAAUUCUACUAAACUAUAGUGAAUAGAGUAUAGACCAUCUGUUACUUGGCAUUCGAUGAGUGAAGUCGACACGGACAGCAGCAGGUUUCUUUACAAAAUUUAUUGUCACCAGUGCAGAAUGUUCACACAGUGCAGAUGUUUCCCCUCAGGGUGACACGUUUUGUACGGUUGGUUAGAUGUUUACAUUCACUGAGUCGGUCGUAGUUUCCAACAAAUUUGCCUUCAGAAUUACACAUUAACCUUGGCAAGUUUAAAUCUUUUGAGGGUCGUCGGAUUGGAGUCGUCAAUUAAUUUGCUCCUCGUGACGUUGGGCCGUCACAAAAUGAUCCUAACCGGAGUUCUGUCUCCACUUCACGCUUGAUCUUUGAUCCACUUUGAUGAAGAAUCGCCCAAGAGAG